AUGUUUCCAGUUGGAAGCAGCUUGAGGCCUACCACACCUUUGUUUUCAGUGUUGGUUUGCCAUGCCACUCGGCCAUCCGUGUCGGUAAACAAGGUUGCUGUCUGUCCCGAAUGUGAGAGUGGCGUUUUCGCCAACCCGGUUUCCCCGGUUGACCUCCCAAACCCAAGCAAGGGUGGUUUUAAGUACUUGAAGAAAUUCCCAUUUGCAGAGCAAGAGGGGCCUUCUGAAACCAAGGCUCACUCCAAAAGCUCAUACAAGAGGAUAUUGAUUGGCACUACUUUUGCCGGUGCUCUAGUACUAGUAAUGGUGCUCUGCAUCGGGUUCCAUCUACAACGAAGAAAAAAGUUUGUACUUUCAGCUGGCGAUGGCAGGACAAACAGUCCGAACGAAUUGCUCAACUUCAUGAUAUAUAAUAGACCUACUGAUGAUUUUGAUGGGCUUCAAAAUGAUCAUGGAAACAUGGGACGUCAUGCUUUAAGCAUAUUUAGCUUUGCAUCUGUCCUGGCUGCCACCUGUAACUUCUCUGAAGAUAACAAGCUUGGUGAAAGGGGCUUUGGACCUGAUUAUAAGGAGAUUCAGGCAUGGGAGUUGUGGAAUGAAGGUGGAGGGCUUGAAUUAAUGGAUCCAAAUCUAGGAGAUUCAUGUAUUAAAGAUCAAUUCUUAAGAUGCAUGCUUGUUGCUCUCCUUUGCGUGGAAGAGAAUGCAGCCGAUAGACCAACUAUGUCAGAUGUCAUAUCUAUGCUGACAAGUGAAAGCAUGGAGUUAGCUAUGCCAACAAAGCCAGCAUUUUACACAGAAAGAAACGUGGCCACUGCUGCUAUAGCUAGAUAG